CGAUCAGCGAAUUCAGCGAUCAGCAUUUGAAAACAUCGGAGACAUGUUAUACUGUUUUAUUAUGCACAUUCGAGAUAGUGACGAUUCCAGAGAAAUAAGAUUGCAGUUGGAAUUUACAAUCAUCGCUAUAGAUUUUAAAAAUUACCUUUAUUAAAAAAAAAGAAAUGGAGAAAUCUACGAGUAAACUUAUUGUGCAAAAUGAUGCUGACACAUCGGCAUCCUCCAUUUCACUCAUUGAAUCACCCAGAAAAUGCAAUUUGUCUUUUUCGAUUAAUUUCGAUUUCAACGAUGUUGAUAGCGAAAAUUCUACCGAUUCCGAAAACGCAGAUUUACAAAUAGAUAUAUCCGAGGUUGACAAUUAUGAGCCGUCUAGCAAGCAUAAAAGAGAAGCUAUUGAAGAAGCAGAAGCAUCGGUACUUAAUAAAAUGGAAGAAGAGAUUGAGAGACAACUCGAUGCCAAAGCUGCCAAAACCAAUUUAACUGCCACUAAUGUAAAAAAUAUAUUAAAACACGUGCUCCCUUAUGAACAUUUAAUGACAAUGUUACAAAAAUGGCUUCAAGAUACAGAAGAUGAUGUUAACUUUGGUCCCAAACUCACAAGAGCUAAAGCUAAAAAAUUGGCAGCUGCACAGGUCAAUAUACCAUGGCCUAUCACUACAACACAAAAAGCUUCAUCAGAAGUUCAAGCUUUGAUUCAAGAAGAACUGCCAGAAGAUUCGUCUGAUGAAGAAUAUAAUCCUGAUCAUGAUAAACACACAGAGAGUGAUGAUGACAGAGAAGUAGAAAAUACAGCGAUUAAUGAUAUGGAAUUACAACAAUCAGUAGCAAUAAAUAAUAGGAAUGUAGUUUGUCCUGAACAACAGAAAUUAUCAGAUAUACAAUAUGAUCCUGAAGGAAUUUUUAAAGUACCAAUUGUUCCACAUGUUGCAACGGAGGAAGAAAGUAUUGGUCAGAGAACACGCUCUAAAUUAUCUUUGAGUAAAACUUCUUUGGAAGAGAUAGAACAAGCAUUUUUACCACCUGACAUAACUGCAGAUAUGAUUGAUUUGGAUGUUGAACUUGAUGAAGAUUGGGAUAACUUUUUAAAAGAAUUUACACAACCUUUAACACAAGAACCAACCAUAGAAGAUGAUCCAGAAGCAGAUCCAGAAUACAAUAUUUUAGAGGAUGAAGAAACAGAUUUAUUGGACAAGGAAGAACUCAGGACAGAUAAAGCAGUAGAAGUUCCUCGUAAAGAACAAUAUGAUUUAAUUGCAGAAUUACUUGAAUUAACUCCUAUGUUCUCAACACAAGAAGAAGAAAUAUCAAGAAAAAAAAAGAUUCCAGAUAAUAUAACCCCACCAAUUGAAACUAAUACUAUGAACUCCUCUAUGGUGGAUCUUUUACCGGUACUUGCAGAACCCGAAUUACCAAAAUUAGUUAAUUUCGAACAACGUCUUUUAUUAGCCACACAAUUUCGGCAACAUGUACAAUUAAUGGCACAGCAUUUUGUUAUGAGUUACAUGCAUCCGGAUUACCAUCCACUAGCAAAAACAUGUAAACAGAACUUGAAUAGUUUAAGAUAUUUAAGUUACGGGCCAAAUUCUGCAUUUAAUGCAGAGAACUUGGAAGAAGCUUUGAAAUUAGUAUCAACUUGGGAAAAUAAGUUUUCUGACACACAAUUCUACACAGAUUUCAAACAGAGUAUAACAGAUAAUAUUGCUAAAACUAAAAUGUGUCAUACAAAUAGGCGAAUAUAUGUUGAAGAAUUUCUUCCUGAAGUAGAAAAAAUACUUGUCGAAAGUAAAGCUCUCAUGUAUCCAGAACUUUUGCCACAAAUGCCUUUCAGGAGUGGAACCAAACUUUUAAAAUCUACAUAUUCAAGAGCAGAAGAAAAUUUAAUUGCAUUGGGCAUAGAACAAUUUUUACCAUUUGUUGCAUCUAGACCAAGAAAGCUUCGCACAAAGAAAAUUCUAUUAGUUGAUGCUGCUCAACUUAUUUGUUAUUAUCUGUUACCAUGUAGAGAUGCACAAGGAAUAUUACAUCAUAUCAGAAAACGCCGCGUUUCUAAAGAUGAAAAUCCGAUUAAGCAUUAUUUUGAGAAAGGUUGUGCUCCUAGAAUAAUACAUCGCAUAACACUUGAUAAUAAGCCUAAAGCUCCAAAAGAUCAGCCAAUAAAUCUUUUACCUUUAAGAUGGCAAAAAUAUCUCCGUAAUCAAAAAGAAUACAAAAAUAAUUUAUUGAAAAGUAAUUAUAUACUUGAUUUAAGCAGUAAUUUUGAAAAACAAUGGAUUAACAUGAAUGCAAUAAUGAAAUCGUAUCCUAGUGUCUCUAGUAAUCAUCCGUUAAGAAAUCCAGUUGUAAAUAUAUUACCGAAAAUAUUACCUGCAACUGUAAAUCCAAAAAUCUCAACUAUUGAUAAGACAAAUAACUUUACUAUGAAAAAAAAUUCUAAACCAAUUGAUGAUAAUGGUACUGUUGAUUCAAAAGUGGUGCAGAUGGAUAAAUUAUCAAAUGAACAAAAAAAUAAUACUAAAUUAAAUAAUAUAUCAGUUGAAAACUCUAAAAUAUCCAAAGAUACAUCACAAAAUAUGUCAGGAUUACCACAAAUACGCAAAACUACACCUCGAUUGGCAAAAACAAGAAGUGCACAAAAUAUGAAAUUGAUGGCACAAGUUUUAAGUUCAAAAAGUUUGGCUAAUUGCAAUACAUUAAAAUCUAAAGAAAAAGACACCACAGAUAAAAAUAAUGACGAACAUUGUACUGUGUCAAAAGUUGAUAAUGAGGAAGAGAUAGCAGAAUUAAUGCUAGCUAGUACUACAAUAAUAAAAGAUUCUAUAAGUAGAAAAAAAGCUAAACAAACUAGAGAACUGGAAAUUAUUAAAAGAUUAUUAAAAGCUGAAAACCCAUUGACCGAAGAGGAUCGUGAAAAAAAAUUUGCAGCAUCAUAUCUUCAAAAGUUACAUUUAACAUUGGAGUCUAAUAAUCCAGAAAUAUUUAAAAAUGUGAUAAAGCUGUAUUUAGAUUAUAGUGAAAAAUUAGAAAGUAUUAACCAAACAGUGAUUGACCCACCAUUUCCUGAAUUUGCAGCAAAUAAAGAAAUACAAGAUAACACAAUUAAAAAAGAUAUACUCACAAUCAGAUUAUAUCAAGAUGUUUGUAAAAAAUUGCAAAAUUACCCAGAAAUGUGUACAGAUUUUCUGUUAUUCUUAAAGCCGCAUCAAGCCACGAUGAUUGGUAAAUCCAUAGAGUAUAUGAUGUUACAAAAAAUGAAUGAUUUCGUUCAUAUUGCGCAAAUAUAUUUCGCUAAGCAACCAUCACGAAUAGCAAAAAUGAUGCAGGCGAUCACACAACUUUCGUCUGAUCCACAUACGACUCUAGAAACUAUUCAUACCGUUAUGAGUCCAGUCUUUAAAGGCCAUCCACUCAUUAUGGAUUUAUUCUUGCAAGUUUUACCUACUGCAAAGCCUCCUGAAAGCUUAUUUGUACCUCAUAUGUUUGAAAACUUGACAUGUCCAUUAGGACCUUAUGAUAAAAAUAUUACUUAUAUCGAAAAUGCACCAGAAUUAUAUGAAAAUAUAGAAUUACCCACAGCAUCAUACCAGGAAGAUCCAUAUGGUGGGGAAAAUUGUAAAUGUGAUUGUCAUAACAUAGAUGAUCCAAAUCUUAAAAAUAAUUCAGAACAUUGUGUUUCCUGUGGUACACGGUUUCUUAAUGGAAGAAUUUAUCUUCAAACACCUGAGGGAUUGCGACCUGCAAAAAUUACAUUUCCUGGAGAGCAUCAGGAAAAAUUAGAAAAUAUUGCACGUGUAUCUUUAAAAAUUGCUGAUAAAGUCGCUCCACCAAUUUCAUCUAAAAAACGACGGAAAUCAUCAAAGAAUGAUUCUAGUCCCGAAGAAAUUUGUCAGAAGCAAAGUAUUACAAAGUAUUCACCAUUAAAAGAUAAUGAAGACAAUGAAAAAAUAGUAGCAAAGUCUAAAAAGAGUGUCAAACUUGCAAUUAAAGCAGAAAAGAAAAAUUUGAAAAGAAUAGGCACUGUAGACGACGCAAUUGCGAAUAAAAGAAUACGGAUAUCUCACUGCAGGAAUAAGCGAGAAAGAAAGACUGAAGAAAUUGAUAUCUCAAUAGAACAUAAUGAACUUGAUAUCAUGGAGCAUGAGAAAACGAAUGUAGAAACCGAAACCAAUAGUUAUAUGCAAUCGUCAGUGCAAGAUAAUUCAUCAAGUACUGAAAUAAUUACACAAACUGCUGCAAGCAGCAAUGCUGAUUGCGAUUUAAACUGUAAAACAGUAGAUACAGAAACAGCAGUCGUUGAAAAAAUUGAAAAUAAUAUCCAAUUAAAUUCUGAUUUAACAAAUAAUAAACCAUGGACGCGUCAAGAAGAUAUGAUUCUACUACAAAGUGUUAAGAAGGAAUAUUCUGAAAAUUCAUUUUUAUUAAUUAGUGAAAAAUUAAAAAACCGUACUGUCGAUCAGGUGAAAGAAAGAUGUCAAACUUUACUUUCCUUAUUACAGAAAAUAAUGUAAAUAUGUACAUAUAUUA